CCCUGUUUCUACUGAGGUCUGCGGGGGCCUGCGAGGGGCAGUGACAAGAUGUUAAGGGCCCCAGUGUUGGGCAGGAGCCUUCGGAAGUUGUCCGAUUUCUCCACCUGGGCCACGCAGAUGUGGGGGACCCUCCGCAGUCACCAGCUAAGGCCGCAGCGAGGACGCUCGCAGGGUCCCUGUGGACAGAGGAGCGAGACCGAUUCUUGGCACCCACUCUGGAAGGGCCCGGUCUCUGUGCCAGGGGGCACCCGGCAGUCCCCCAUCAACAUCCGCCGAAGGGACAGCAUCUACGACCCCAGGCUGAAGCCUCUCCAGGUCUCCUAUGCCGCCGACAGCUGCCUCUGCGUCUGGAACACUGGCUACUUCUUCCAGGUGGAAUUUGACGACUGCACAGAGGGGUCAGGAAUCAGCGGCGGCCCCUUGGAAAACCACCACAGACUGAGGCAGUUUCACUUCCACUGGGGGGCAGUGGACGCGUGCGGCUCGGAGCACACGGUGGACGACCACGUGUACCCAGCAGAGCUGCACUUGGUCCACUGGAAUCCCGCCAAAUACGGCAGCUACGAGGAGGCCGUGCUGGGGGAGCGCGGUGUGGCCGUGAUCGCCGUCUUCGUGCAGCUGGGGGCCCGGCACGAGCCGCUGCAGAAGCUGGUGGACGUCUUGCCGGACGUGAAGCAUGAGGUGGGCCCGCGGGGGGAGCCGGCGGAGAAGCGGGCCCGCUUCGUUAACGACCACUUGUCAGAGUUAAAGAUCAGUUCGCUGGCCGCCUUCCGCGCGCUCCUGGCCUCGGCGCCGGGGGAGGAGGAGAAGGCGAUGGUGAACAACUACCGUCCGCGCCAGGCCCUGAUGGACCGGGAGGUCCGCUCGUCCUUCCCGGCCGCGAGGCUCUGAGCGCGUCACGCCCACGUCUCGGGGAGGAGGCGCUGCGCCCCAGGCUCCGCGGUCUGGUCCGCUCUCACCUCCGAAGUUAGAGAGAAAGAGAUCAUUGUGCCGCUCAGUGGACCAAGGAACAGAAAUCACUUCAAAGAAGCUUAAGCAGGAUUCCCACGUUGUGCCAAUGUCCUGGGGCUGCUGCACAAAUGACCACAAACCAGAGGGGCUGGAACAACAGACAUGCGAUGCCCUCAGUCCUGGAGGCGAGAAGCCCACGUUCAAGGCGUGGGCGGGACUGGGUCCCUCGGGGGGCUCGCGGGAGGCCCCACUUGCGGGCUGGCCCAGCGCCUGGAGGCGGCCGUCUUCCUCGGCCACGCCCCCCCUCCAGCUGCAGAGCAGGGGGCUACGCGGUGUCUAUUCAGCACGUGCUGCCUCACGGCCGUCCUGGAAGGCGCACAGCGGAUUCUCCCUUGGGUUCUAAUUGUGCUGACACACAACGACGUAAGUGACCAUCUGACCCACGUCUGAGGGAACAGUCCUGUGCUUUGCGGCGCGUCCGUGAGGUUGUGCAGCCGUCCCUUCCGCCGUGUCCCCGUCUGUGGUUCUCAUAAGGCCGGAGCUCUGCCCCCGGACAUGCUCCCCACCCCCCCCAGCCCCGGGCAGCCACCACCCCGGCAUCCGGCUGGCCCUGGGGUCUGGACGGCUCUAGGAAUAAAGUAUAAAUGGAGUCA